GCGUAUACCGUAUAGCUUAUGUAGCCAACUUGCCAUUGCCACAGUCGCUCCCAAAUAAUGUCAAGAAAUACACGAUUGUUAUGUGAAUAAAUCGAACUAGUGCUUACAAAGCUCAACAGACAAUUAUUCAGUGUCAGAACAUUCAUAGUAUUAGGAAUAAACAGUUAUCAACUUAAAAAUCAAAAUGGUGCUUAUGACAAUGAUCGCCCGAGUUGUCGACGGCCUGCCGCUCGCUGCAACCAUGCAAGACGACGAACAGAGCGGCUGCAAUAUCUUGGAGUACCAAAAUCAGGCGAAAAUGCUGUUCAGGAAGCUAGGACCGCAGUCUCCGCUACGCUGUUCGAUUGAAUCCGGACCUUUCCUGUUCCACUAUCUGAUUGAGAAUGAGAUCUGCUACCUGGUGCUUUGCGAGAGAAACUACAACAAGCGGCUAGCGUUCAGCUACCUAGAGGAGAUCGCUCAGGAGUUCUACCAACAGUACGGGAAGAGGGUGAACACGGUGACUCGUCCUUACACUUUCAUUGAAUUCGACACGUGGAUGCAACGAGCAAGGCGCCAGUACAGCGAGGGCGGGACUCGCGCGCGCCGCACGGGCGCCGCGGCCGCCCUCGGCGGGCAGCUCGGCGACGUCCAGCGCAUCAUGAUGCAAAAUAUCGACGACGUGUUGCAGCGGGGCGCCGUGCUCUCCGAGCUCGACACAAAGACGCAGUCCCUGUCCAUGAUGUCGCAAAAAUACAAGAAGGACGCCACCUACCUGAACACCAAAUCCAUGCUCAUCAAAGUAACAGCUGUCGCCGUCAUACUGUUGGUGUUUGUGCUCUACUUCUGGAUCCUGUAAACCUGGUACCUCUCCCUCAUUAGGGCGGCCAUUUUGUUGUUUUGGCGGACAUUUUGAAUAGUCACUACAUAGUAUA